AUGGCGUCAAUGCGUAUCGUGUCGCUGCGCAUGGACGAGUACACCCAGCGGUACACGGCCAUCUCGGCCAUUCCGCUCGCUACUUCUGGCCGCAUUCACUCUCCGUCUGCUGUCUCUGCCUCGUUCUCGGCUUGCCAUGCGCCCACGGCGACCAAGUCGUCCACUACCAACUCCUGGUUCUGUGACGGCUCCGACUCGGUCACAUGGUCUUCCUUCCCUGUUGCUACGCGGACAACGUCGGCCACUCCUGCUCUCACCGCUACCUCAGAUGAUGGAUCGCUCAUUGCUUCGCUCUUCAACUCAAAGGAGAAGGGGCCCAGGAUCGAGAUCGCCCGCAAGAACGGCUCGCUGGCGUACGCUGCUGCUCUCGGCGAGCUCCAUGGUGACAUUGUCUCGGACCAGGCCUUUGCCACCCUCGUCUGGUCGCCCGAUGCCUCGCGGCUGGUCUGGGUCGCAGAACCAAAGUCUAUCGAGCCGAAGGAUGUCUUUGCUCCCGCGAGCGACUCGGUGUCCAAGCCCAAGUCGGCACCGGAUGCCAAGCUCGCCACCGAGCAAGUAGCCUUUGGCAUCCGCUCAAAGUACGAGUUUUCCGAGGAUUGGGGCGAGGUGAACACCGGCGUGGCGCGGCCGCAGCUGUACCUGCUUGACGUUGCCGCGGCGCUUGGGCCGGCCGGUGCGGGUGAGACUGCGUCGCAUCUGGCUAUCGACGGCAUGCAGUUGGAGGGUCUCGGUCAAGCUUGUUUCUCGCCCGAUGGCAGUCACCUAGUCUUUGGCGUCGUGCCGGCGGCCUCACGCCGCCUCGGGCUGGUCUACUGCUCCAACCGCGCCAUCAAGCUCUACGCCGUCGCGGUCCCGGCCCAGCUCCCUGACCUCCUCCAGCCUCUCCCGCUGCCGACUGGCGUCUUUCGCGCCGAGGCCCCUAUCUUUACUCCGGCCGGCGACGAGCUUGUCUACCUUGCCCGCACUCUUGCCCGCUCCCACCGGUGCGCUGCCGCGGUGUGCGCCCUCCCGUGGCCGGCCGCGCUCACCGAGCCCGCAUCCUCGCCGCGGACCGUCGUGGCUACUCGCGAUAUGGACCUUGCUACCGACGGCGAGCUUUUCACCGGUAUCUACGGGGACUCCUUGGCCCCGGCUUCGGGCCGCGCGUGGCUCAACGCCACCACCCUGCUUGUCACGACCCUCGUCCGCUCUAGCUACCGUGUGGUGGUCAUCGACCUCGCUGCGGCAACGGCAACCGUCCUUCCGCCGCCGCGCGCCGGAACCUGCACCCUCCUCGAUGUUGCCCACGGACAUGUUCUCGUCGCCUCCUCGUCGCCGGCCACCCCAUCCACGGUCUUCAUCACCGCGCUCGACUCGAGUGCCUCAGCACCGGACUGGGUCGAGCUUGCGUCCCCGUCGCCGUCGUGCUCAGCAGAGCUGGCGGCCGCGCUUUCCGACAUCACGUGCACCACCGAGCUCGUCGCCUGCACCGACGACUCUGGCGAGGUCUUUGAAGCGCAUCUCCUGUACUCGGAAGCCGCGCUCACUGCCGCCGGACCAGAUGCCCGUCUCAUUGUCAACCCGCACGGCGGGCCGCACUCGUGCUACCCGGACUCGUUUGACGUCACCACGGUCUUCUAUCUCCUUUCGGGCUACGCAGUCAUCAAGCCCAACUACCGCGGCUCGACCGGGUUUGGCAACGCGUUUGUGGCCAAGCUUCCGGGCCAUGUAGGCGACAUGGACGUGGCUGAUGUCCAGGCAGCGACCGCGCACGCGCUUGCGGCGCCGGCGCUUUCCGCCAUCCCGGCCACCAACGUCUUCCUUGUCGGCGGAUCGCACGGCGGCUUCCUCUCGGGCCACUCGGCGCUGCGGUUCGGCGGGACGUACGCGGCUGCGGCGCUCCGCAACCCGGUGACCAACAUCGCGACCAUGCUGGGCGCCACCGACAUUCCUGACUGGUGCUGGGACGUCAUUGGCCGCGCGCCGCUGGCAGACGAGCCGGUCUCGGGCGAGCUCCUCGCCGCCGCCUUUGCAGCUUCGCCAAUGGCCCAUGUCGCGGCCGGCUCGUCGGUGCCGAUGAUCAUCAUGAUCGGGCUCAACGAUCGCCGUGUUCCGCCGCCACAGGGCACCGAGCUGUACUAUGCUCUCCGGGCCCGCGGCGUCGCCGCCCGCCUCCUCCACUAUCCGGACAACACCCACGCGCUCAACAAGCCUGCCGCCGCUGCCGACCGCGAGGUCCACACCCUGCUGUUCUUUGACGACGUGCUGUCGGCGUGAGCUGACGCAGCAGCUAGCCCGAUGCCUGCAGGAAACGCACAUACGCAGCAA